AUGGAAAGCAAGUGGAGAGUGAUUUUUUCAAUGAUUUUAAUUGUGAGUUUGUGCCUCACUGAUUGUGUAAAACAAAGUCUAGCGGCCGAAGGGCAACAACUGCAACAACUUCCCGAUUUAUCUGGACUCUUUCUGCCUGGUAUUCCCGGUUUACCAGGAUUUUUUCCACCCGGUUUGGGGUUUCCGGAUUUGACGAAGUGCGGGUCGACGCUCAUCCCGGGAUGCUUGUUGCAAAUAUCAACGUCAAUCUUCAUAGGACAGUUUGGAAAUAUCGGAAUUCCAUGUUGCAAAGAACUUUUGGAUUUAAGUGAAAAUUGUUUACCAUCCAUUUUCCCUCUAAAUCCGUUUGUUCCUCUUCUCAAAAGUAGUUGUUCUAAGGCCGUAGCACCUCCUCCUCCAUCAAAAUAG